UCAUGUAACAGAGAGAAAGACAGAGAGAGUUUCGUAACUUGGGGAAGUCUUGUGGUGCUUUUAGUCCUCGAACCAUCGUCUUUAUCGAACCAGACGUGACGCCGCUGAGAGUUUUAAUCGCCGCUGCGUCACCUUUUCACGGAAUUUCCUAACUGACAUUUAUUUAUUUAUUGUUUUAACUCUUCACCCUCGGACCAGCUUUUGCCGUUCAGGAACGAGCCUGGCCUGUGCAGCCAUGCUGAUGUAUGAUUACCCUCUGAAGACAGACAUGGAGACGUCACUCUACCAGUCAUUGGUGAAAACCCCGGAGACCUACGGAGUGAUCUUUUCUCACCUGGCAGGCACCGCCCACCUUUAUCACCCCAACCACAUGCACAAUUUCGGCCAGUCUCCCUCCCCCAGCAAUCCCCCACACACUCAGCUGGAGCCUGUGGACCUGUCAGUCAGCAAGCGCUCUUCCUCCACCUCUUCUUCCCGCUCCCCUCCCUGCUCCUCCUCCUCUUCCUCUUCCCCAGCGUCCUGCCGUAGCUCCCCGCCCUCACCAUACAGUCUGGGCAGCCACGCCUCCCCUCACUGUUCCCCUCCGCAACUGCAGCUCCACUCCUCACCCUCCCAUGCGCUCCCACCACCCACUCCCUCUCUCCCUUACCCGACUGUCCUGGCCCCUUUGAUUGGCUCAAGCACCAGUGUCAUCCAGGGGUCAGGGGUCAUGCUGUCACCAGUCAUGCUGCAGCCUCUGCCCGUGCUCUACCCGUCCUCUCUCCAUCUGCACCAGCCGAUGAUGGUAAACGCCGCUGCCGCCAGUGACGACAGCCACCAGCAUCAUCACCAGCACCGGCAGCAAGGAAGCAGGGAGCACAAGCCAGCACUCUCUACGAAACCCCUGGAACUACGAGGUGACGCCCAUAUGCUGCACAAGCCAAUCAAAACAGAACAUCCCAGCGAGCACACUCGCGAGUCGCACAGCAGCCUUGAGAUGACGUCGUCAGUCAUCAGGAUAUCGCACGAGUACGAGGGAAAUAACCCAUCAGUCAUUGUGCACUCGGGCACGAAGCAUCCUCUGCCCGCUGACUCUCCUGACUCCCUGAAAAAGCGUCGCAUUCACCGGUGUGAUUUUGGAGGCUGCAAUAAGGUUUACACCAAGAGCUCCCACCUCAAAGCUCACCGCAGGACUCAUACUGGUGAGAAACCCUAUAAGUGCAUGUGGGAAGGUUGCACAUGGAAGUUCGCCCGUUCAGACGAGCUGACAAGACAUUUCCGCAAGCACACAGGAGUCAAACCGUUCCAGUGCCCCGACUGUGAACGCAGCUUCUCCCGCUCUGACCACCUGGCAUUACACAAGAAGCGCCACCUCCUGGUGUGAGGCGGUACUGCCGGUGCUGUUAACUGAAUGCAGCUCAACUUGAAAGAACCUCGGUGCUGGUUUCAGCGUGGGACUCUACCACUUUGACUUGGGAGUUGAUCUUCGGUCUCUGACAGGGAGAUGGGAAAAUGUUCCUCAGGGUGUAGUUUAAGGCCCUUUGAACUCACUAGUUUGAAUAUGAACUGUCACAUCCCGCAUCCUCCUCCCCUUCUUUUUCUCCAGCGCCUUAACCUCUCUGCUAGUUUCAUCAGCUGAUCUUUACGAUCAAAAUGUUGUCUUGCAAAAAGUGCAAAGACACUUACUGAACAGGAGCUCGGGCAUCUCAGCUGGCCUGAGAAUGCUUGCUCUUGUGGCUGAAGAACUGAGCAACACCCGCACUAAUAAAAUACAAACAUGCUCAACCCCCCCCGGCAAAUUAUAAGAGCUGAUUUUUCUGCAUGUAUUUUUCUUGAUGUAUAAAGCCGUCACACUUAUAUGUCAAAGACCGUGGACAUGGUUUCUUGCUAGCUAGGCUAAUAUAAUGUGAAAAUCCCUUGUUUUCUGAAUAAGGGAACAAUUCAGAAUGUAUAUAUUCAUAACACAGCUAACGCCAACUUCUCCAUCACCAUAUCAGGCCACACACCUCAUCUGCCUCUCAAGCGUACACCAUGAAGUGUCUUAAAAGGCGGCUGGCUAACGCUCUCUCUCUUAUCGUACACGUGCACAGUUAACCGCACACAAAGCAGAAACAUGCACUUAAUAAAAGCAGCUCAGCCUCAGUCUUCUGUGCUUUUGCUAUUCGGGUUGAAAGGCGACAUUGGGUCUGAUCAAUUGUCAGAGUGAAGUUUUCUUUUCAUUUCAGAAAUGUGAAAGUUUCUGCACAGGGGCAUUUGUUGUAGAGCGAGGAAAUGUUUGUUUAAAGGCAUAAGCAAUUAAAUAUUUUUUGUUUUACCGUGUUCCUAUAUAUAAACGCUAUGUAUCUAAUUUGUUAUUUGUGAUGUAUCACCGGUGGCCUGUUCUAUUUUAUGACACUUUUAAUACUGGGGAAACCGAAGUGCAAAAAGUGAACCGUUAUUUUUUUAUUUUCAGGAGUUGUAUUCCAGCCUGCUGUACAGAAUGUCUGUUUUCAGCUUAAACGCCAUUUAUUUUUCAGUACUCAAUAUUACCGUGUGACUCUAACAGAAUAUCAUAAGUAUAAGUACACUUCUGCUACAGAACUCUUUAAAGGGAUCAGGUUGUGCCAAAACACAUUUAAAAAAGAAAACAAAAACAAAAUUAUAUCUUUAAUAGUUGGAGAUUUGUGAUAAACAUCCU